AUGGCUGGGUGUCCGCUACGUGUUCAGACUGCUGAGUUGCGGCGGCUCGUUUGCACUCUGGAGUCCCAGCUGAUUUACAGCCGGGGGAGAGGUGGUGAAAAAGAGGAGAAGAAGGCGGAGCGCAGCAGCUGCGAUGUCAACAUCCUCAGCAUCCCGGUGCCCAUGCGGCGCGGUGGCUCAGAGUCCAACCUGGAUGUGGUGGACAGCGUCGGAGAUGACGGGGUAACAGAAGUAAUCUGUGCGCAGCGUGCAGCCACUUCCUGCCCUUCAAAGGUGACCGAGCAGAUCAAGGUGGAGCAGUCGGCUCGGGACCAGAACGUGGCCGAGUACCUGAAGCUGGUGAACAACGCCGACAAGCAGCAGGUAGGACGAAUACGUCAGGUGUUCGAGAAGAAGAACCAGAAGUCGGCGCACAGCAUCGCCCGGCUGCAGAGGAAGCUGGAGCAGUACCACCGCCGCGUGAAAGACACCGAGACAAACGGCAAGCACAGCAGCAAGGACAACGGCAAAGAGUUGGGGACCCACAGCAAGGAGGGGAGCCUGAGGGACGUCAGCGCCACCGGACGACACCCGGCUCUGGAUAAGGUGAAGACGAUCGGACCUGGUGUCUCGCUCUCGCCGCCUUUCUUCUUCAACAAGUCAAGGGAGUUCGCCAACCUCAUCAGGAACAAGUUUGGCAGCGCAGACAACAUUGCGCAUCUCAAGAGCUCCAUGGAGACGGAGUCUGGGCUGAAAGUGGACAGCGGGGCGAGGGGUCUGAGCGGCAGCGCCAACACAGUAGCCAAGACGACCAAGUACCAGAGCGACGACGAGUGCUCCACAGGGACGUCGGCGUCCGCUGACUCGAACGGGAACCCGGCCGGAGGCUCGGGGGCCGGGUCAGGAGGCCCCGGCAGGUCUGACUCCAACGGGCGCCUCGGCGAGGUGCUGGAGAUGGUGCGGGAGAUCAGGGAGGCCCAGUCACAGCUGGCGGAGGACAUGGAGACUCUGAACACACAGUUCAAACGAGACUACAGCUACUUUACGCAGAUGAUGCAGGAGGAGAGAUACAGGUAUGAGAGGUUGGAGGACCAGUUAAAUGACCUGACGGAGCUCCACCAGCAUGAGACCAGUAAUCUGAAGCAGGAACUGGCCAGCAUUGAGGAGAAAGUGGCGUAUCAGGCCUACGAGAGAGCCAGAGACAUACAGGAGGUCCUGGAGUCAUGCCAGACUCGUGUGUCGAAGCUCGAGCUCCAGCAGCAGCAGCAGCAGACGGUUCAGCUGGAAAACACCGACGCCAAAGUGCUGCUCGGGAAAUGCAUCAACAUCAUGCUGGCCAUCGUCACCGUGAUCCUGGUGUGCGUCUCCACGGCGGCCAAGUUCACCGCCCCGCUGCUGCGUAGCCGCCUCCACCUGGCGCUCACCUGCGUGGGCGUGUCCGUUCUGGCGCUGCUGUGGAAGAACUGGGAACAUUUACAGUGCGCUUUGGAACGAUUGCUCCUCCCGCACUGAGCCGUGCACACUCCACACGAGGAGCUGCGAGACAAAACGAGACCAGCAAACAUUGGCCAACCCCUGCGUCCAGGUCCUCCAGUAGGUCUGUUGUCAUGGAGACGCAGGAAACAGCGAGGAGUUUACAUGUAGCCUUACACCAGCCCUAAUCCCCCAACCCCCCUCGCAGCAGUUUUUGGGCUCCACGGUGAAUUGAUUUAUGGGGUCUGUGCUUUUUUUGCAUGUCUAAAAAUGGGGUUCACACAAAUUCCUUUCCCAAAAUACUUUAACGGAAUAAUGCACACGUGAACUUUUUAAGCUGAUAUACAUCCUGUGGCAGAAAUGUGCUGUCUACAAAGCUGAAGGUGCAUAACAUGAAUAACAGAGUAUCACUACAGUCAUAAGGGACACUAAAAAUCCAAACAUAGAAUGAUGGGCGUUAUUUUGGAGCUUUUAAAAAAAAAAAAUACAGUAAUUAUUUGGAGUGUAUUUUAACUCACACCUCUAAAACGAAACCCCUCACUGGCAGUACGUGUGCAGCGGUCGAUCGGUGCACGCCUACAGUCCCCGAAAGCCUCGUCGUACACCAGCCAGCUGUGACGAACACAAACACAAAUCCAAUCUGAAGGUUGAAUUUGUUCCUUGUGUGUGUCUAAACUUUACUGUUCUGUAUUUAUGUGAUGAUUUUUUAUUUGUCUCAUUUUUGAAGCCUGGUAUACACGUUGUUUUAAACCUGUGGGUGCGUUUGUGUCUUAUACUGUGUACACCUGCUUGUGUGUUUUAUACUGUGUGUCUUAAAGGAAAAGUGUGACUUUUUUGGGACAUAUGCUGUAGAGUAGUAGGCAAAUAGUGACAUGUGGGGCAAAUCCUUUCCUCCAGGAAAUAAAAUAUUUGGGCUGCUGAUGAAAGCUGGAGUUUCAAAUGUACUGUAGAUAACUAAAUAAAUACAAGACUCAUGUAAAAUCCCAGUGAAAAGCAACCUUAAAUACUGGAGACACAUUUAAACCGUGGUACAGUAAAUCUAAUUAACCUACCAAAAUGUGCUGUUUUAACUCUUAAUAACAGCAAAAUUGUUCUUCACAAACACAAAUACAGUAGGUGCCAGAUUAACCUGAAUCGUGUGCAGAUGCUUGAGUGCAGCACUUUCAAUCAACUCUAAGUGCAACACAGAACUGUAUUUGCCUAAGAGUCACUUCUGGCUAAAUGACUCGCUUCCUGUACUAAUAGAGAAACACAAGCUUACAAACCUAAUUAGUGUCUAUAAAUCAAUUAAAGCUUAAGUUAAGAAUGCAUGUUGUUCUUAAAUGAAUUGAAAGGAAUAAACAAGACGUCUAGGCCUGAGUUUCCACUGCUUCAAUGAAAAAUCUUGAGAAAACUGGCCCAUAGUUGAACCUGAUGGUAGAGUAAAUAUAAAGCUAGAAAAUGUCAAUCAUGCUUUCUCAGAGCUCAAGAUGCAACCUCUAAUGUUUAAUUUCAUCCUACUGUAACUAGUCCAGAACUGAAAGAUAUUCAGUUUACUGUCACAUAGGACUAAAGAAAUGUUUUUUAAAAAAUGCAUUUAAGAAGCUGCAACUAGAACAAUUUAGCAUUUUUAUUUCUCAAAAUGAUUAUUAAAAUAGUUUGAGAUUCAUUUUCUGUCAGUUAACUACUUAAUUAAGUGUCAUUGCAGCUCUACAGCCAGUAACCUGUUAGUAUAUGUUUAGCUUAAAGACUAAACAGGGUUUUAUCUGCACCUCUGACUUCCCAGCACAACAUAUAUGUAUAAACAUUGUACAUAAUGUAUUAAUUAAUAAGCUUUACAGGUGCUAGUGGCUGUAUUUUGGUUAGAAGGUUCCCCCCUGUCUCCAGGCUUGAUGCUAAGCUAAGCUAAGCUAAUCAGCUGUCAAGUGUAUUUCCCAAAAAGUCAAACUAUUUCUUUAUAGGAAAGCUCAUGAACUGCCUCCUGUCGUGUUUAAUUUGAUGCUUUCAGAGUUUCUGUCAUGUGAAAUACGUUUCAUGUUUUAACUUUUGCUUCUUAAAGAGAUUUGAGAAGAAAAGAAAAAAAAGUAUCGACCAGCUCUCUUGUGCCUCGUUAAGGAAGGCCGACCUGAUACUUGAUACUAUCUGUGUGAUUCCUCCUCGACGAUUAGAGAGAAAAAAAAGCUGACUUAAAGAUGCUGAUUUUUAUUGAAUGGCCUUCUUUUUUUUUUACGAGGUGAACAGAUUUAUGUGAAGCUUUGACGUCUGUCGAGAAAGUCCAGACGUUAAAAGAAAGAUUCCCACCCGUUGAGACUCGUUUAAAGCCACGUAGAGACCCGUGAUUGAGUGAUUACUGCUCUACCUUUUAUUUUAUUUUUUGUAAUUGCUCAUAAUAAUUCCUUUCAGCCUUUUCUGAUUUGACUCUUGCACAGCUGGGAAGUGACUCAUUUGUCUUAAACUAGCACAGAAAGUCCUGCCCUGCAGUCAAAUUAUAAAAUGUAUGACUUGCACUGAUUCCUUGGCUGAUAAAUUACUACGUCAGCCAUCUCUCUAAAAUUGCAAAAUUAGCCUUUAUCACUAAAAACUGCAGCAGUAACAUCUUAUAAAACUCAUAGCAACAGUUUUUUCUCAUGUGAGGUGAGAGCAGCGUCAUGAAUUGGGACAGAGGGAACCAAACAAUGUAGCUCCACGCUCCCUAACCCUGUUUCACUGUGAUGACGGGGGGGGGGGGGGGGGGGGGGGGGGGGGGGGGGGGGACUGAUGCCUUUUCAAUGCAGCUUAAUUCUUCUACUGUGUGACUCUAUUCUGUUUGUGUCCCUUCAGAAAAAAAGCCAAAAAAUAGGGGAGUUUUAAUAAAAAAGGCACCGUAGCCUUUUCUAAUAAAAUACUGAUAAAUAUAUUUUCUUUUCUUCAUCAUCAUUCGUCUUUGAUGUUUUUCCAAAAACUGGCCCAAACACUAUUUCUGUCGACUCCUCGGGAGAGAGACGUUCACCCUCCUCCGAAGCUGUAUUUGUAAGUCCAUAAUGUAUAUUUUCAAAUAUCUGUCUCUUAUAUGUGCAUUAGUUUCUGGUUGUGGGUUUUCCAUAACAUUUUUUUUUUUUUCAAAUGAGGAAAUAAAUCUUUGUUUUUCUA